GCUCCGUGUCUUUCAUGGCGUACCUUUUGGAUGGCUGUAUCGCAGUUGACAAGCAACUUCAAAAGCGCUGCACCGCUUGCGCUGCUAUUCCGCAUUCCGUGUAGACACUCGGCACUCCAAGGAUGACUGCACAGAUUCGCGAGGCGCUCCUGAAGCUUCACGCCUCGCAAAGACCGGACGAGGCGCUGACAUUAGUCGAAGAAGUCGACCGCACCUGUCAAGAUCAAGCCUUCUCCGAUAAGGACGAAGGUUACAUAACCACCCUGCUUGUCAGCGACGAAAAGAGCCUAGUGGCCUACCUGAAAAAAUCCAUCGUCUACGAACAGCUGAAAGAUGCCAAAGCAAAAGGACUACAGCUCCUCACCAGCUGGUUUGAAAAAGUUCCAUCGCACCUCUUCAACCAUGCGGUCGCUGUCAAGGACGUCAGUACCCAGCUGGCAUUCAGGGACAAGGCAGCCAAGGUGCGCUGUGCUGCUCUGGUCCUGCUAUCAAAGGUCUUGGAAUCUUGUCAGGGCUUGGACGUCAGUGAAAAGCUGGAUAUUCGAGACCUGCUGGAUCGAUUCUUCAUCUUGUUGUCGCAGCCAUCAAAGAUGACUCCCACAGUGAAGGUUGAAGUGCUGUGUGUCAUGGGCGUCAUCGCCGAGCAUCACCCGGCGGCGGCUAAUCCAUACAGCGACAAACUCCUUUCUCUAUACCUGGGAGAACUGAAGAUGUUAAGAAAAUCAGGAGAAGGGAAGGAAAGGACGACUUUAGCCGGUUGCCUUCAAGGCUUGGCUGGCUACCUGCACAGCUUUGGCACUGGCUUUGACACAGAACCUGAUGACUACUUCCUUCUAUUCUCAUUUGUGAAGAAGGCAUUAGUGCCGAGCCCUUCAACGACACGUUACGACGUUCCCAGAGCUGCCUUGAUCCUGCUGUCCAAGCACGCAGCCCUCUUUGGCCAGCUGCUGUUGGACGAGCACAAGUCUCUGUACAAGCAGAUUGGCUACUGGAGUCACCACGGCAACCGGGAAAUGAAGGUCUUGGGAGUGGCGGCUCUGGAGUCGUUUCUGCGAGAGGUUGCAGCUGCUCUUGCUGAUGGAGAGGAAAGGAAGGAUCAUUUGAACAUAUUUGAAUACUUCAUCCAGGAGUUCCAGCAGACUCUGAAGUCAGCUACCAACACGUAUAACCUUGCAGCAGCCCUGAAAGGAUACGGUCUCUUAGCUUUGCCGUGCAAACAGUACCUCAAAGAGAGUGAUGUCCUCUUCAUGCUGAAUGACGUUCUCUUGCGGUCGGAGCAUGUGUUUCAGAGCAUAAGCAGCCCAGCGGUCCUGGAAGACAGCUUGCCCUUGCUCACCAGUUUUCAAGAGGCCACGGCCAGCAUCUUACGUUGUGCUGCGGAGGUGCCUGAAAGCCAGCUGCUGUUAGUGGAGAAGUUGGCGGUGCUACAGAUUGAAAACUUCCCACUUGUGGCUGAAGGCUUACGGAGCCGCUAUGCUAAGUCUCUUCUCUUCCUCCUACUCGCCGUCCACCCGUUGUCUCCGACUUCACUGUCGCAGAUCGUUUAUCAAGGACUUGCAAGAACUUGCUCCCACUCAAUAGUGGCCGACGUUGAGGCAAGUGAAGAGGACGAUGAUGGCUUCUCUGGCAAGCUUCAGAGGAUCACCUACCGUCGCUACAACCUUUUGUGGAGCUAUCUUCUGGAAGCAGUGAACGUUCAGGAGCUGAACGCGAUGCAGAUCACCGCGGAUGCACGAAGCACCUUUGUGUGCAACGUCUACGACGCCCUCCUCAGCGCUAUUCUUUCCAUGGUAUCCAAGUUGAACUUGUCGGUCAAGCAGUCGAAUGCUGAAGGUGAAACUGGCGCAAACAUGUCUGACCCUACGUGCGGUGUCGACGCCGAGUGCCCAAAGGACUUCAACAUCUUCAUCAACUUGAUUGACUUUUUCAGGGACACUUUCUUGUGGAAGCACACUGAAUACUUUACGAAGUGGGCCUUCGUCAUGAUUAAAAAGUUUGUGGAAUACUCCUCUCGCUACCCUCUGGUCAGUGGGUUUUACAAGGCACUGGCUGUUUGCUUCCAGAUCUGUGAAAAGUCGUCGUACUUUCAGAGUGGUUCGAGCGAAUCUACUACCUGCCUGUGCCUGGUGUCGAGCUUUGUCCAGGAAACCAUGGGCCGUCUGCAACAGUUCAAGGACGACCUGCUGGCGUCGUGCCUGGAGUUGGUGCUUCGCGCUCCGAGCCCCGCUGCUCAGGAGCAGAUCAUUACGCGUGUGCCUGCUCUUAAGAUGGCCUUGCAACAGGGUCUGAGCUUCCUCCCACUGGCCAAGUCCACGCUGGACACGCUUCAGCGAUGGGAAAAACAGCUCCCAGCAGACAUGGCAGAUGACUGCCUCCGGAAGGUCCUGCCAGGGCUGUGUCCUUACCUCUCGCUAGGCACACGAUCAGGUUUGUUCACGGACCCGUCUGCGGACAUAAAGCUGCCCAGGCCUCGGGCUGCGCACAAGAUCCCAUUGAAAAUGCUUUUCAAGAAGAAAAGAGAGCAGGAAAAGCUCCAAGAAACGGAACUUGAGGCGCUGCGACGCAAGAUCCUCGACUUCUUGGGAAGCCUUAAUGGUGAACGACGAGCGUUUCUUAUGGCCGACUUGGAGAAGGAGACACUUGCUGCUGCUCUGACGUGGGACCCCGAGACAAAGGAGCACCUGCUCUUUGCCGUGCCGUUUCCGGACGCCAAGAUUGACAUCUCUUUCGAUGGCUUCCUGCCACGUGUGGUUGAGCUGGCCCGCUUUGCUGGUAACCGCCAGACAAAAGUUGCCGCCUGUGAGCUCCUUCAUGCCCUAGUUCUCUAUGCAGUGGGCACGGGUGUUCAAAACACAGAGAGAAGAGCCAAGUGUCCCAUGGUUCAUCUGUACCAGCACCUGUUUCCCGAGCUGCUUCACUUGUCCUGUGACCCAGACCAGGUUACACAGAAUCUUUUCAAGCCCCUGACAUUGCAGCUGAUGCACUGGUUUAGCAGCAAGUCAACUCGAGGUAGUCAGGAAAGUGCAGCCAUCGUCGAAUGCCUUUGGGACACAGUCACGCAGUCGCAAGGAGACAACGGUGCGCGACUUUGCCGCGCAGUGCCUGAAAGAAUUUGUUGCAUGGAGCAUCAAACAGUCCUCUUCAAAAGAGCUGGAGAAGAGCCCGACCAACGUGAAGUCUGUACUCGGGCGCCUGUGCAGCUACUGCCGUCACCCCAGUGCAUCGAAGCGCCUCGGAGCUGCCCUUGUCUUUAACAACAUCUACUCACUGGUCAGGGAGGAGGAGUCUCUGGUAGACAUCUUCAUCUUGGAGACCCUUGCUUACUUCGUCGACAGUUUGAAACUUGCUCAUGCUGA